UUUCCUUCAGCGGUUCCCAGCGGUGUGGUUUCCUUGCUGCUGUGUCCCUUUGCCGGGUCGCUGCGCUGUGGGAACCACCACUUGAGGCUUCGUUUGGCUGUUGGCUGGGCUUUCUGCUUUUGGCCUUUGGCUCGGAGGGGCUCGGAAAGUACCUCUGUAGGGAAAAUAAGUUAAAUACAGCGGUGUGGUUUCCUUGCUGCUGUGUCCCUUUGCCGGAUUGCUGCACUGUGGGAACCACCGCUUCGUUUGGCUGUUGGCUGGGCUUUCUGCCUUUGGCCUUUGGCUUGGAGGGACUUGGAAAGUACCUGUGCUCGGGGAAUCGGGAUAGAUACUAACAUUGACGGCCCAUCCUUGCCAGGGAAAAUAAGGAAAGAGAUGGAUAGAGGUGGAGAAGACAUUCCUUCGAAAAAAGAAAAGACGAUGUGCAAGUAUCUUGAGAGAUGGGACAGCGAAUUUAGCUUCUUGAAGAAAAGCAGACUGGGCCACCAUUACGCAUUCUGCACAAUUUGCAGUUGCGAUUUUAGUGUCUCCCACGGGGGAAGGAACGAUGUCACUCAGCAUACAAAAGCAGCCAAACACAAGCGCGGGGUAGAGGCACAGAAACAUGCCCCGACGAUGUCCACAUGUGUGACUAGGAAUACCGAAGAGGCUGACCAGGUCAUAAAUGCAGAGGUUAAAAUGGCCAUGCUGUGUGCCAAAAACAACGUUCCUUUCACCUUCUGCGACGACUACAACAAGUGUGUAGCUGAGAUGUUCCCGGACUCUGCCAUUGCACGAAAAUAUUCUGCGGGGAGAACCAAAACUGCGCAAAUCAUAAAAGGUGUCAUAGCAGCAGCACUAGAUGACGAGUUGCCCAAAGCAUGCCAAUCUCAGCCCUUUUCAUUGAUGUGUGACGAAUCGAACAACAGAAAAGCAGGCAAAGAAUUCGUCACCAUGGCUAGACUCUACGAUGAGGCCAACCUGCAGGUUGCUACCAGAUUUUUGGAGAUGCCCAUAUGCAACGUUGGAAAUGCAGAAAAUCUUUAUGAAAAGCUGAAUGAAGCAUUAAGAAAAAGAGGCAUUCCAUGGGAGAACGUGAUAGCCUUUAACUCUGAUAAUGUGAGUGUCAUGAAAGGCAAACACGACUCUGUUAUCAGCAGACUGAAGACGAGUCAGCCCCACAUUCAGGAUCUUGGCUGCAUCUGCCACCUAGUACAGCUGGCCACUGGUUGUGCCAUCAGAGCAGCACAGGUACCUGUUGAAGACAUCCUGGUCAGAAUAUACACCCACUUUGAUAAAAGUGCAAAAAGAUGUGAAAUCUCCAAGGAUUUUGUAGAUUUUACUGAUUCAUACCACCUGGAGCUGCUCAGGGACUGCAGCACCCGAUGGCUGAGUCUGUUAACCUGCAUCCAGAGAGUGUUGAACCAAUGGGAUGCACUAAAGGCCUACUUUGACAGCCUUGAGGAAGUGGAGAAGUGUGCCAAACUACGUGAUCUAGCUGGCCAUCUGGGUGAUCCGGUCAUGAAGAUCUACUUCUUUUUCCUGGCUGCUGCCCUUAAGCCUUUUUCUGAAUUUAAUAUUGCCUUCCAGUCCAAGGAAGUGCAAAUUCACAGGCUUGAAGAGGAGAUGUGCAGGCUGAUCAAGAAGAUCCUGGGCUUCCUCAUACCAGCCAGGGCCAUCGUGGGUGUACCUCUCAGGGAGGUGAAGUAUGGAGAAGGACAUCAGUUGCCUGAUGAAGACCUCUUUAUUGGAGCAAACACAAAGGCGUUCAUGAGAAGCACAGAGCUUCCUAUGACCGCCGAGAAGAAAAUCUUCCAAACUGUGAGAAGAUUCUACGAAGCAGCGCUUCAGAAGAUGUUCUCCUCCUUUCCCCUCGACAAUCCACUCCCGAGGGACUUGAAAGUGCUGGACCCUGCUGCUCGCAUUGAUGUUACUCCAGGGGCAGGCAACACAAUGGCAUCGAAGGCACCUCCAGGAUCCUCCCUCCUUUGGGGUAGAGCAGAAAGAACAGCUGUGCAGCCAUCUCAGUGUCGGGUAUCCUUUGAGGAGGUGGUCUUGUCUUUCACGAAAGGGGAGUGGGAUCUCCUGGAUCUGGGCCAAAGAGCUCUCUACAAGGAGGUCAUGCUGGAGAAUUACAAGGCUUUGAUCUCUUUGGUUUCCUUGAAAGGAUUUCCCAAACCAGACCUCAUCUCCCGGCUGGAAAGAGGAGAGGAUCCAUUUCUCUGGGACUCCAAGGAAGAGGAGAUGUCGGCAGCAGCAGGUGAAGGGGAAGAAUAUGAAAUUUAUAAGGAGCCAUCUCUGCUGUCUUUGGAAAGAGUCGAGCAGGAAGCGGGGAAAGAGGUGUUUGCAAAGCGAAGGAGACCUAAAAUGCUGGAUGGAAACAACUCCAGGGAUGAGAGGACUGAAUCCUCUGCUUCUCCGGGCGAGGAAAUCCUGAGCUUGCAUGUCUUUCACAAGGGAAAGAGAAGGAAAAGGUAUUCAUUGGGUGGGAAGACUUUGACAGAGGAACCGGGCUUGAGUCACCAACACACUGCCCACCCAGAGGAGAAACCGUACAAAUGCCUGGAGUGCGGAAAGAGUGAGGCCACAACGUGAAAGAGUGCAGAAAGAGUGAAGCCACAACGUGAGGCUUAUUGCUCAUCAGAGAACCCACACAGGGGAGAAGCAGUACGAAUGUCUACAGUGCGAGAAAAGCUUCACUUACAGGGGGAGCCUUAUUUUCCAUCAGAGAAGCCACUCCCCGGAGAAGCCAAAGGGGUGCCUGCAGCCUGGGAAGAACCUCAAGGAGAGUUCAAGCGGUUCUUCACAUCAAAGAGGCCACACAGGAAAACUCUGGAUAUACGGUCCCUUGCUUACAAACCCAGCGCCGGAACCCUGUUCAUCUGGCCUGGAGACCGAUAUUAAUGGGAAAUUCUUUGUUUUAUUUAAAAGAUGAGCAGUUGGACUCUUGGGCAAAUGCUAUUCAAUCCCAUCACUUUGUUUCCUUUUGCAUUUGUGAGCUACAAAAUUUGCCUCUUGCCGUCAUCCUGUUUUGUUAACGUCAAAUGUUUGGGGCAAGGCUGUGGCUCGGCAGUAUAUUCUAGUAGGUCAAGUUGCACCUUGAACCUCUUGGGUGGUGCUAAGGCCAUCUUCAACCGUACAUUUUGAAGCACUUCGAACAGCCAUGGUUUCCCGCAAAGAAUUCUGGGAGCUACAGUUUGUCAUGGAUGCGGUGAAGAAGAAGAAGAAGAAUCUACCCAUCCAACUGAGUUUUCACAGCCUCUCUGUGGAUUUUAAAAGGAUUUUAAAAGUUUAAUUUUAAAAGGACAAUUAAAAAAUCUAAUAUUAAAAACUUUCCGAUACAGGGCUGCCUUCAGAUAUCUUCUAAACAUCAGAUAGUUAUUUAUUUCCUUAACAUCCGAUGGGAGGGCGUACCACAGGGAGGGUGCCACUACCAAGAAGGCCCUCUGCCUGGUUCCCUGUAACCUCACUUCUCACAGGGAGGGAACUGCCAGAAGACCCUUGGAGUUGGACCUCAGUGUCCGGGCUGAAUGGUGGGAAUGGAGACGCUCCUUCAGGGAUACUGGGCCGAGGCCGUUUAGGGCUUUAAAGGCUAGCACCAACACUUUGAAUUGUGCUCAGAAACAUACUGGGAGCUAAUAUAGGUAUUUUAAGACCAGUGUUAUAUGGUCUCAGCGGUUGCUCCCAAUCACCAGGCUAGCUGCCACACUCUGGAUUAGUUGUAGUUUCCGAGUUACCUUCAAAGGUAGCCCCACGUAGAGCAUUGUUAGGAGAUGCCCCUAUUCCCCUAGUAGAGCUACGUUUCCCAGAGUGGCUUAAAAGGCUAUCCCUCCUGCUAGGGAACUCUAGAAUUUGUAGCUCUGUGAUACUCCCACAAUUCUUUGGAGGAAGCCAUGACUGUUUUAAAGUGGUAUCACAGUGAUUUAAAUGCAGUGGCUUUAGUAUUGCUCGGGGAAGGCUGGUAUGUUGAAGGGAGCUGAAAGCAGUUUCCCACCCCCAAUGGAACAACUGGGAAUUUUUUGGAAAGCUCUGCAGAUGGGGCGGAGGUUUGGUUUUUAUGUCAGUGUUUGUGAUUAAUGUAAGACAAUCCAUUGCGUUGGAGAGAUUAUUUCUGUGCAUCCUAUAAGCUCCAUGCUUUCAAUCUCUUUCUGGAUUUUGCAUCAUUUUAGAGCUUGAAUU